AUGCUCGUCAUGCCAGUUCCUAGCAGCUACACCUUCUCGCCUUCCCAGGCAACUCCUCACCUGACCAUCAACCACGAUGUCGCUUCCGACCUUGACUCAACCCACGCCUUUGAAGGUCCUGAGAAGCUUCUGGAGGUCUGGUUCGCCCCAAGCCCUACGUCGCUCCCUCCGAGCGCCCAGCCAACCGGCUUGAAGGCAGUCCCCGCCAAGACCUGGGAGGCCAUGUUGGACAUGGUCAAUUGCCAAAUUCUGUCCGUCCUCGAGUCCGACCGCGUCGAUGCCUACCUUUUGUCCGAGUCGAGCAUGUUUGUCUUCCCCCACAAGAUCAUCCUGAAGACAUGCGGCACCACUACUCUCCUGCUCGGUCUCCAGCGCCUGCUGCAUAUCGCCGCGGCCGAUGCCGGUUUCCCGUUCCACAACGCUAAGUGCGCAACGGAGAUCAAGGCUGCGGCCACGCCUUACAGAUUCUUCUACAGCAGGAAGAACUUCCUCUUCCCCGAUAAGCAGCGCGGUCCCCACCGAAGCUGGAAGCAGGAGGUCAAGUUCCUCGACGACAUGCUGGAUGGCGGCAGUGCCUACAUGGUCGGUAAAAUGAACGGAGACCAUUGGUACCUCUAUCUUACGUCUCCCUCGUUCGAAUUGACCCCGCCCAGGACUCCCGAUGAGGAGCUCCCCGAAGCAUUCAACGGUGUUAUCCGCGCGACCAAGAUCCCCGCCGGAACCACCACCUUCAUGCCUUGCUCUGCCGAAGACAUGAAUGACGAGACUCUGGAGAUUCUCAUGACCGAUCUCGAUCCGGAGAAUGCGAAGCAGUUCUAUCUGUCACACGCGAGUGCGGUCGCCUGUGAGAGAGAUGCUGCGCCGAAACCACGUCAGAACGGCUACACCAAUGGAACAGCCAGCAAGGAGUUCGAUGAUGUAGACGUUUUCAGCAACGGCUGCGAGUCUGACUUGCACGACCCAGCCCAGGCCGAUGCGGAGCCCGCCGCUACCACCGAGGGCCAUGCACUGGGAACCGUGGUCUCUGAAAAUUCCGGUCUUUCAUCCGUUUACCCCACCUCACUGUAUCCCGAUGCCAGAAUCGAUGCCUACAUGUUCAGUCCCUGCGGAUUCUCCGCCAACGGCGUCAUUCCCGCUCCUCGCCAUGUGGAUACGGAGGCGGGUGUGGAAGUGGGUGCGAGUGAAGGUUUGGUCAAUGGCGAUAAGGGCGAGAAUGGCGAGCAUGUGGAGUCUGCGCCUUCCGGGCCUGCCCAUUAUUUUACCGUCCAUGUCACUCCCGAGCCUCACUGCUCCUUUGCAUCGUUUGAGACCAACGUCCCCGGCGAGCCCACCGGACGAAGCACGACCGAGAUUAUCGAGCACGUUGUCAACAUCUUUAAGCCCGGCCGAUUCAGUGUUACGCUCUUCGAGGGCCAUGGCAAGCGCGAGAACGCCUUCGUCCAGGAUGACGAGGACUGGGCGGCUAGCCGUCGCAAGCACAUCACGCGAUUCCUCCAGCCCGUUCCCGGCUACCGACGAGUCGAGCGCAUCGUCCACGAAUUUGACGACUAUGACCUGGUCUUCCGAUACUACGAGCGCGACGGGUGGAGCGGCAUCGCUGGCACCCGAGUUGGUGAGGAUGAUUGA